AUGGGCAAAGUAUUCGACGCAGCGGAAGACUUCAUGUCCAGCCACCCCGGCGGAGUCAAAGUGAUUCUCAAGCUCGCCGGCACAGAUGCCACCGAAGAAUACGACCCCAUUCACCCGCCAGGCACAUUAGAGGAAAACCUCAAGCCCGAGGCCGUACUGGGAACCAUCGACCCUGCGACUCUGCCCAAGCCCAGCGCAGACAAACAAGAACAAGAAAAAGACGGAACCCAUGCCGGACCACCACCCUUAGAAACACUCUUCAACCUCGACGAAAUCGAGCAAGUAGCCACUAAACAAGUCAGCCGCAAAGCAUGGGGAUACUACUAUUCUGCUUCCGACGACCUGAUCUCCAAACACUUCAACAGAGAAGUCUACCGCUCAAUCCUCCUGCGACCCCGCGUUUUCAUCGACGUCCGCAAAUGCGACCUCUCAACAUCCAUAUCAGGCCACAAAGUAAACCUGCCCAUAUACGUCUCGCCAGCCGCAAUGGCGCGUCUGGCACACCCGGCAGGCGAGGCGGGGAUUGCUGCUGCUUGUCGUGAGUUUGGCGCCAUGCAAAUCAUAUCGAACAACGCGUCCAUGUCGCCGGAACAGAUUGUCGAACAUGCCGCGCCCGACCAGGUCUUUGGAUGGCAGCUCUACGUGCAAAUCGACCGGAAAAAGAGCGAAGCCAUGCUAGCGCGGGUUCACAAGUUGAAGGCUAUCAAGUGCAUUAUCCUCACACUUGAUGCGCCUGUACCUGGCAAGCGAGAGGACGAUAUGCGCACUGAUAACACCGGUAGUAAGUUACCGGUUAGCUCUGGCACGGUUGCAGAAAAGAAGAAAGGAAAGGAAGAGGAGGAAGAACCCGAAACACUCCCAGAUGGAACACCGACGCCAAAAGAAGGAGGUGGUGGUGUCGGUGUACAGUUGUUCGCGGGCACAGCUUACGAUCUUACUUGGAAGGAGACUUUGCAAUGGCUCUCAGAACAUACUAAAUUGCCUAUCAUCUUAAAGGGAUUGCAGACCCAUGAAGACGCCUAUCUCGCGUCAUUGUUCACUCCGCAAGUCAAAGGUAUCAUUCUGUCCAAUCACGGCGGACGAGCAUUAGACACCGCGCCCCCGGCUGUUCACACCUUGCUCGAGAUCCGGAAAUACUGUCCUGAAGUGUUUGAUAAACUGGAAGUACUGGUUGACGGCGGCAUUCGACGAGGUACGGAUGUUGUGAAGGCGUUGUGUUUGGGCGCAAAGGCCGUGGGUAUUGGUCGACCGGCGCUAUGGGGCCUUGGUGCUGGAGGUAUUGCUGGAGUUUCUAGGACACUUGAGAUUCUUGCAGACGAGACCAAAACCUGCAUGCAACUAUUAGGCGUGGAAAAGGUAACUGAUCUUGGUUCUCAACAUAUUAAUUCAAGGCUGGUAGAGCAACAGAUCUACGACGGUCCCUCGGGCCUUGACAACGUGCGCGCCAAACUAUAG